UUUAUAGUGACCUGUGUAUGUUGUAGGUCCAGAAGCCAGCUAAUGUGUGGGAGUUUUAUGUCUAUUCAGAGAUGAGUGGUUGUUUAUAGUGACCUGUAUAUGUUGUAGGUCCAGAAGCCAGCUAAUGUGUGGGAGUUUUAUGUCUGUACAGAGAUGCAGAAAAGACUACAGAGGUUACAAAGGCCUGUAGAUGUGCGUCCUGCAGUGAUGUUCAUAGAUAAGGGUUACUUCUACACAGACGCCAGCUGUCUGGUCACAGAAUACUGUAAACACGGCUCAUUAUUGGAUGUUGUGAAUAAGUUUGGGGAGACUAAUAAGUCCCAGGAGUUCCUGACCAUGUACCUGACUAUAGAACUGAUGCACAUGGUGGAACAGCUCCACGCCUGUCGUAUCAUCCACGGAGAUCUGAAGCCCGACAACCUGCUAGUGAAAGGAUUCACCCCACUGCCUGAUAGCAGUGAUCCAGAAGUGGUGUUCCGGGGGAACAAGCGCCCCCUUCUUCUGAUUGACUUUGGACAGAGUAUUGACAUGUCACAAUACCCAGCGGGGACCACAUUCAUGGCCAAAGUCAAAACCUCCAGCUUCAUGUGUAUAGAAAUGCAGACCAACCGACCCUGGACUUAUCAGACUGAUCUGUUUGGCUUGGCGGGGACCAUUCACGUCUUACUGUUUGGUCAGUACAUGAAAGUUUACCAGGAGAAGGAAGAAUGGAAAAUUACACAGUCUGUCAACAGGAAAUUUAACCAGCAGCUGUGGAGGAAGAUUUUCUACACUCUGUUGAAUAUUCCCAGCUGUGAGAAAAUCCCUGACCUUUCUGCACUGAGGAGAGAAUGUGAGGAGUAUUUUGUCAGUGCACUAUUACCUACUUACAAUAAACAGAUCAACAAAGUCAUCUGUAAGUUAGACAGUCUGACCAGUAAAUAAGGAACCAGCAAACAGCAGUCAUCACUCAGCCACUGAAAGGGGGACGGGAGAAAAGAGGACUUCUGUUGACAGUGUUACACCUAUUGAUUGUGUACAAGUAAUGGAUAUCUUAUUAGGUUGUUUCUUUUUGAAGACAAAAUUUUGGUAACUGAAAACAAGCUACAUGUACAAUGAUAUUUACA